CUCUAUCCAUCCAUCUAUCUAUCUAUCUAUCUAUAUAAAUUUCAGUCAGUUGUCAUAGUUAUAUACAGGUGCUCGCCGCGUCUAUAUAAACACAUGCACACAUAAAGUUAUAAAAACACCUACGCAAAUUCAGAUUUAUUAUAAACACCAGGGUACAUAACUUGAGAAACUUGUUUGUCUUGUAGUCAUUACACGGUCACAAGUUGCUGUGCAAAAGGUUUCGUUUUUUAAAAUGUCUGAUUCCACAUCACUCAGGUUUGCAAGUUCCUGGUAUUGUCCAUUUUGCCAAAGAGUCUGGAUUGCUCUCCUGGAGAAAGGAAUUCCUUUUAAGUAUGAAGAAAUUGAUCCUUAUAACAAGACUGAAGAAUUUUUAAAACUGAAUCCAAGAGGUUUGGUACCAGUGCUGAUACAUGAUGAUAAAAUUAUUUAUGAAUCUGCUGUAUGUAUGGAAUAUAUUGAUGAAGCUUGGCCCCAAAAACCCAAAAUUAUGAUGGAACAACCCUAUGAUAAGGCUCAAGUUCGUAUUUGGGGUGAUUAUGCUGCAAGUAAAAUAAUUCCAUUAUUUUUUGCUAUUCUGAAAUCAGAUCCUGAAAAGCUUGGUGAGACACAGAAAUCUUUUGUUGAAAAUACUGGAGGUUUUGUGAAAGCCAUGUCUCCAACUGGAAAAUUUUUCAUGGGGGACACAUUUUCAUUUGUUGAUAUGAUGCUGCUUCCAUGGAUGCAAAGGCUGCCAGUUUUGAAACAUUAUAAAAGUUUUGAAAUACCAUCUGAUCUUGAUUGGUAUCCUCGGUUCCAGAAAUGGCUCACUGCUUGUCUUAACAGGGAGAGUGUGAAACCUACUCUUGUUGAGAUAGACAAAUUGAUCCCAGGUUUUGAUAAAUAUGUAAAAAAAUAGAACAAGUUGCCUGAAGGAUUCAUUAAUGAAGUAUCAAUACCAUAUAUCACAUUUUUAAAGCAAGCCUAUAUUUUAUGAAUUACUUUUUAAAUAUAGCUUUGUAUUUUUUGUCGUGUUUUUUCCCUCAAAUUAUGUAAUCAAAGUAGUAAAUAAAUUUUUGAGAAAUAUCUAAAA